UCCGAAUUUUCAGAAAUUUCUGCUGUUCUGAUCUCUCCUGAAGGUUCUGCUCGUCCAUGGCAUCAACGUCAACAUGGAGAUGGUCAUGGAAGACAACGAGCGACUCUUCUUUCACGGUCUCGUCUUCUCGCACCUCUUCCAUCUUCUCAUUCUCUAUUCGCAGAAGAAAGAGAGGAAGAACCCAUUACGCCAAAUUCUCUCUAGACCACUCUUCUUCUUCUUCUUCUUCUUCUUUAAAAGAGUGGAAUCUUGAAAUUCCUGCCACUACUGUUGCAAAGGAAGUCAAGAGAAAAGCUUCCCAGUUGGGCGGACUGGCUGAAGGAACCAUUUUAUUGCCCGUGGAUGAAGAAUUGCCCUCGAAAUUCAAAAAACCAGUUAGAGUUGAGCCGAAGGUUAAGAUUGUGAGUAGUUUGGGUAGGAAAUUAAUCCAUAAAGGUUUAAAAUUGUUGUUCGGAAAAAGACCCUUUUGGCGGAGGAUCUUAUUUGCACCCAGGAAGGUCAGGAGCAUCGUUUUACUUAAUAUUAUCACCAUUGUAUAUGCGAGUGAAGUUCUAGUGUUGAAAGAUGCUGAAGCGAUCAUGGAUCCAGCAGCCUUUACAGUUGUGCGAUUUGCUGUUUCAGCAAUCCCAUUUUUACCAUUUGUUUUACGGUCACGAGAUGAUGUUCAGACCCGGACUGCAGGGAUGGAGUUGGGAUUCUGGGUCAGUUUGGGCUACUUUAUGCAAGCCCUUGGGCUACUUACAUCUGAUGUUGGGCGUGCAUCAUUUCUUUCUUUGUUCACAGUAAUUGUUGUACCACUGCUAGAUGGCAUGCUAGGAGCAACAGUGCCAGCCCGAACCUGGUUUGGAGCUCUAAUGUCCGUCUUGGGGUUGACAAUGCUGGAAUCAAGUGGAUCUCCUCCCUGUGUUGGGGAUCUUUUGAACUUUUUGAGUGCAGUAUUUUUUGGGAUCCACAUGCUGAGAACAGAGCAUAUCUCACGAAGUACAAAGAAGGAAAAUUUUUUACCACUCCUUGGAUAUGAGGUAUGUGUCGUUGCUUUACUGUCAACAAUGUGGUAUUUUAUAGGAGGCUGGUUUAGUGGCAUGCAAGAAUGGGACCCAGCAUCCUGGACGUGGACAAUGGUGUGGGAUUCGAUAGUUACUUUUCCAUGGAUACCUGCACUCUAUACAGGAGUAUUUUCAACUGGGGUAUGCUUAUGGAUAGAGAUGGCUGCAAUGCGUGACAUAUCAGCAACAGAAACUGCCAUUGUUUAUGGUUUGGAACCAGUAUGGGGUGCCGGUUUUGCUUGGUUUCUACUUGGUGAGAGGUGGGGUGUUGUUGGAUGGAUUGGUGCUGCCCUUAUACUUGUUGGAAGCUUAACAGUUCAGAUCAUGGGGUCAUCUCCCAGUGAAUCUAGUGAAGACCAAGAGAAUAUCAGGCGAAGUGAUCACCUAUUGGUUUCGGAUAAAAGAAAUGGGUUUUCCACGUCACCAGUUGUUGUUAGCACCCGAAAGAAUGUUUCAGAUAUAUUGAAGAAGUAAGCCGUUUCUCUGUCUGUAAUCUAUGUAUAUCCUUCCUGUCAUUUCAUAUAUUAUAACGUAGUUCUUUUGUAAUACAAAAGGUAUAUUAUUAGGGGAUUCUGAAGGCUUUUUGCCCUUCUCAUACAUGUAUA